AUGGAGGACUCGCAUUCACACCCUCUAGACUCCAGAGACGAUCAUCGGUCCCUGAUCAACGUUUUCGGAUGGUUUUGCGUAGUUCUUAUCACUGGGAUCAUACUAACACGUUUGUUCAGUAGAUGGGUGAAAUCGCGAUCGUUUGGGAUAGACGAUGCCUUCAUUUUGGCCUCCAUGGUUUUGUCAAUUCUUCAAACGGUUGCGGUCUCUAUAGGCGUAGGACAUGGCCUCGGUCAGCUAGAAAGCCAGUUCAUUAGCACCCAGAGCGUUGCGCAGCAGAAGUCAAUCUACGCCUUUACAAUCCUUUUCGUGCUCGGGCAGUUCUUCGCGAAGUUCUCCAUCAUCUCAUUCAUCAUCUCAAUCACUCCGGACAUUAAGCAGCAAAGAUUCGCAUACUCUAUUGGCGCAACGAGUACGAUUUGGAUGGCCUCUUCGGUCUUCGGCUUCGCUUUUCAGUGCCGUCUUCCUAACCCGUGGAUAUUCGUCAACAAUCGAUGCAUCCAUCGCCUUGCCUUUUACACCUACGUCGAAGUAUUAAACAUCGUCAUCGACUCAACUCUCGCGAUUUUCCCGAGUUUGAUAAUACUCGGGCUUCAACUCGAAUUGAAGCAAAAAGCCAUCACCAUCGCCUUUUUCAUGAGCAGGCUUCUGGUCGUGACCGCAUCCAUAGGCCAGCUAGCCACCAUGUAUACUCGAACCGAGGACCCCUUCAUCUCCUGGACCUUCGCCCUCCUCGUCACCAUCAUCCAAACCCUGGGCAUCAUCACAGCCUGCGGCCCCUACCUCCGCCCGUUCAUCGAGGGCGCCAGCUCCGGCAUGCUCGGCAUCCACGACAUACAGCGGCGCCGCGCAGGUACGGUCACCGGUACCUACGGCACCAAAGGCUCGACCGCCACGUACGGCUCGGGUCCCAAGAAGGCCAGCAAGUUCUCCAGUUCCACCGCCGCUACGGACAGCUUUGCAUUGGAGUCAGACGAUCACGAACUCACCGCGCUUCCCGUCGUACCCCCAGGCAAGGGCUGGAGCCACGCCGUGGUGUCUUCAGAUGCAGGUCAGGAGGGUCAAGGUGGUGGGGGGUGGGAUCGCGAGAGUCAGUCUAGCCGUACAAAGAUCAUUCGGCAUACGACUAGCUACAGGGUUAGCAGCGGGACAGCGGAGCACGAACACGCGUAGUGAAGGAAGGUGGUAGAAGUCGGGGUGCACAGCGUUGCUAGGGAUUGAUCAUCUGCACUCUCUGUGAGAGGGUCUGGAGUGGCACCGCGCCAGGGUGGCUAGUGGGAUCUGGAAUACGGUCCUGUGCAACGAGAUGCUGCAACCCUUUAUGUUCUGAUGCGUAGCGUGCGACGGUCUUCGGCAUGCUAGUUCACAUGUUACGAAGAAGAUUAAUUCUUACAUUUCGUAUUUGGGAG